AUAUUCGUUGGAAUUUCGUUGGAAUUUGUACGUUCGACUUUAUUUUUCUUGGCUGUAUUGUUUUUAUUGAUAUUCGCUUUGUCCUAAUAACCUCGCAGCGCCUGAUCGACAGCGGUGCUUUUCGUCUCAGUCAGUACCUAGCCAUCGAACGAAACGGACGUAAUAAACACUGAAAAGACGAUAAUUACAUUAUUUUACCGAAAGUCGAAGAGCGCUCUCGCAGAGCAACAACUAUUCGACAUGUCUGAUGAGCGACAGGACGUUUUCACACCGAAGAACGCAUAUCACGAGAGUGUUUCGUUGCGAAAUGUGCGCGAGAGUAAAUCCAGCGAUUCGGAAAACAGGUCGCAGGAAAAGUACUUCACACCGGAAUACGAGAAGUUUUUACAAUGGAGGGAAAACACUUGCUUCACUUCCGAUUCGUCAUCAGUGCUAGAUAUGAGCGACAACGAGAACUCGAUGACUCAAUGCAGCGAGUCGAGGACUCAAUGCAACGGGUCGUUCAUCGAGCAGUUUAAAUCAUUUGAUUUGAACUCCCGUAAACGUUCUACUUCGACACCCAUAAAAGUAAACGCAGCGAAGAAUUCGGAGAAGAGCACGCCCGAGAGAAACGAUUUGUCGACGCAGAACUCGCCCAUCACGAGUGGCAGAAAAAUGGACGCGACAACCGAAACCUUCGUUACUUCUGAUUACUCGACUAUGUUAGUCGACAAUGCUAACUCGGUUCUAUCCAACGACGAUAGUUUAACGAUGAUUGACAGUUCGACCGAUCAGCCGUCGUCGCUGCGAGAAGCUCAAAACAGCACGAAACACGUUUGCAAGGACGCGAAUGCCAACUUAAUGCAAUCGACUAAGGCGAGUCGUUUGACGAAGAAGGUGUUAUCAAUUUCGUUGCGUCGAUCGCCCAAACCGAAAAAAGCUCAAAGCGACGCGGCAUCAACUUCAAUGACGCAAACCGUAUCAAGAAGCAAUUGGAAGCAAAAAGCGAUGAGGAAAAACAAGCCGGUCCAGACACUUCAAGCGCCUCAGCGAGAUGUCCCCUUUCCACCGUCGCAUAAAAUGACAGUGGCAGAAGUCUUCGAUGAGCGGACAGGAUCUCCGCGGCCGGAGGUCCUGAAGCAACACUUUAUUCUCGAAGGCAGGAUCGACGAGGCCGCGGCACUUCGUAUAAUCAAUGACGGAGCCGCCCUUCUUCGUUCGGAAAAAACCAUGAUAGACAUUGAAGCUCCGGUCACCGUAUGCGGCGAUAUUCACGGACAGUUCUACGACCUGAUGAAAUUAUUCGAAGUGGGCGGUCCACCUUCCUCGACCAAGUAUCUCUUCCUCGGCGAUUACGUUGACAGGGGUUAUUUCAGUAUCGAGUGCGUAUUGUACCUGUGGGCGCUGAAACUGUGCCAUCCGACCACACUCUUCCUCCUCAGAGGUAACCACGAGUGCCGUCAUCUCACGGAAUACUUCACAUUUAAGCAGGAAUGUAAAAUAAAAUACUCCGAGAGGGUGUACGACGCGUGCAUGGAUGCCUUCGACUGUUUGCCGCUCGCCGCCCUCAUGAACCAACAGUUCCUCUGCGUACACGGUGGCCUGUCGCCGGAAAUUCACAAUUUAGAAGACAUUCGCAAAUUGGACAGGUUCAAAGAGCCGCCGGCAUUUGGCCCGAUGUGCGAUCUCCUUUGGUCGGAUCCUCUCGAGGACUUCGGUAAUGAGAAGAACGCGGAGCACUUCUCUCACAAUAGCGUCAGGGGUUGUUCAUACUUUUACAGUUAUGCGGCGUGCUGCGAUUUUCUUCAGAACAACAAUUUGCUCAGCAUCAUAAGAGCGCACGAGGCUCAAGACGCCGGAUAUCGUAUGUACCGAAAAUCUCAGACGACGGGCUUCCCAUCGCUUAUCACAAUUUUCAGCGCGCCCAAUUAUCUCGACGUGUACAACAACAAGGCGGCGGUUUUAAAGUACGAGAACAACGUGAUGAACAUCAGGCAGUUCAAUUGCUCGCCACACCCGUAUUGGUUGCCCAACUUCAUGGAUGUUUUCACAUGGUCUCUGCCGUUUGUCGGCGAGAAAGUCACGGAAAUGUUGGUGAACGUGCUGAACAUUUGCUCGGACGACGAGCUGAUGAGCGACGGUGAUGACGCGCUCGAGGAAGUCGCAGCCAAAGUCGUUGUCCAAAAAAAGAAUGGUGCAGCAGCUAAUCUACGUAAGGAAGUCAUCAGAAACAAGAUUAGGGCCAUUGGUAAAAUGGCGCGUGUCUUCUCCGUCCUGAGAGAGGAGAGCGAGAGCGUGCUGCAGUUGAAGGGCUUGACGCCGACUGGAGCUUUACCGCUUGGUGCAUUAUCCGGCGGCAAGACUUCCCUGAAAAACGCUCUUCAAGGAUUCUCGCCGAAUCACAAAAUCACUUCGUUCGCCGAAGCCAAGGGCUUGGACGCCAUAAACGAAAGAAUGCCACCGAGGAAGGACGCGCCACCCACGCCAGUGAACGAGGAGAAACCCGUGACAAAGCCGCCGCCUCCUGCGGGAGACAAGCGGGACCACAACACGCCGCAACCGCAAUCGUGAGCCCCACAUAUAUCCAAUCAAGAUGGCGUAGACGGGUCCUAAGACUCCAGCGCUAUCAUUUGCAAACCAUUGCUCGUCUCUCCCCCCUACCCUGACUGUUACAACAGAGAGUCAGGAGAAGCCAUUGCCAUCGCAAGAGGAAGAUCAGAAACGAACGAACGCGGACACGAAGCGAUUUUUCGUUGACGCAGUUACCAGCGAGCGCACUGUCGUCGGUCCUAGUGCGCGCAUAGCGGAAGAAAGCAGCAGCAGCCAGCCGAGGAAAAGAGGAUCGCCACGACCAUCAAGGAACGUUCGGUCGGACGUUUAGUGGGACUCCUCUUCUCCGAGGAUCUGCCUCCGUUUUUUUCGCGUACACUUUACUCGCGAGCAGAACGAGAACCGUGUUUAGCCUCCCUUCUGCGAUGAGCCGCGCGCGCGCGCGCGUCAUGUUUCCCGGUCUCUCUCUUCCGACCGCUCGUGCAAUUGUCCUUCGCUCCUCCCUUCUCCUCACCUUUUGCUCAUUCCACCUAUAUCGCAAUUUCUCGCUCUCUCCUCUUCCCAGCAUUCACCAGCGCGUACAAUUGCCCCGCGUGUCCUUCGCGGGUAAUCGACUCGGUGUCCGUACGCGCGCGCGACAUAUCGACGAUGAGCGAUAAACGUUAGAACGAUGUUAUCUCAUAGAUCCGUUUACACGUCGGUCAGAUCGGACGUUCACGCAGCAGCGAGGAAAACCCUUCCUCUUCUCCUGGACGCCAUUCUUUUUCUUUCCUUUUAUUUUUUUUUUCUCCGAUGCGAAAAGAAAAACGAGAAAGAGAGAGAGACGGAACAGACGGCUCGCGCGCGGUUGCGUCUGUCUAAUGAGAGGAAUCGCAUAGACAGUGUGAAAGAGAGAGAAUGAGAGGGAGAGAAAGAGAGAGAAAGAGAGAACGGACGAGCGGUCUCCGCCAAAGAAACAAAAGAGGCAGCUGGCCUGUCGUCACGGCGGAGCUUCCGGUUUUAGGAUUUUACUAGGUUCUUAAGAUGUGUCCGCCCUGGACGACGCGAAUGGAGCAUCCCCCGCGUCACGGGGUGGGAUUACUUAAAUCUUAAGUCGAGUUAGGCAUAGGGCUAAGUCGUAAGUUAUACAUACAUAAUAUCGGAGAAUUUAUUUAAUAUACAUAAAUAUUAUAAAUAUUAUACAUAUUAUUAAUUAUUAUUAUUAUUAUCAUUAUUAUUAAUUAUUCAUUAUGUAAUCCGAAAUACCGUGUUUCGCUGCCGCGCGUGCACACGUCCGUCACGAUCGCACGAAAUAAUUGACGCGCGAAAGAGGUGUACGUCGAGCAUCUUUUCCAACUGCAUUCAUUAAAGCGCGAUUCGUCUCGGCCGUUUUGUUCCGAGGAUCCAUUCAACGUUCUCGGUCGCGCGAUAUCAAAGAAGAAAUCUCGUUUUCGUUGCAUCUUAAUUUUCUUGAACAGCGCGCAUCUUAGCAAGGAACACGCGAGAUAUUCAUUAUCUGUUAAGUUGGAAAGAUGAAUUAAGCAACGAUUAUUCGAUCCGUUAUAAUCCAUCAUAAAAAUCCCACUCGUAAUAUUGUAUACUAAAUAUUAUUCGUGAUCUCUCUUUGAACUUCCGUUUUGUUAUAUAUCUUGUGAUAUCGUAGAGAUGGAGGUUUAGAGCUGCAUGUAUCGAAAACGAGAUACUUUAGAAUAACAGUAUGCUCUGACAAGAUGCCAAGAAUCUCGAGGAGGCUCGGGACGUGAAAUCCACGCAUAAAACGGUAAACUGAUGAUGACACGUACGCUCGUUUAGACAUGUGAUGCAUAUCUCUCGCCCCAGCUAGUCGCACAAAUUUGUCAGAAAGAGCCGUUGCAAAUUGCAACGAUUGCAGGCAAGCCCGUGGGGUGAUCGUAAUAUGCUACUCGGGCGUGAACUCGGCCAAUAGGCACGAAAUUAAAAUCCGAUAGUAGGUCAUAACGAUGUUGAAGAAACACGCGAGGUAGUACAGAGUUAAAGAAAAGGAAGAUAACGCGCAUCUUACGCGUGUAAAAUCGUUAAUCUAUUAUUUUAAACCGUUGUUUCUAUUCCAAUCGCAACCUGAAUUCUUUCCGUCGGUGUGCGACAGCAGAGCAGAACGGUCGAGAGAUGAAAUCGGCAAUCGUAUCGCAAAACGACGACGCGUUUAGAAGCGUUCGCGUUGGAUAUCGCAUCUUUGCGUGUUAUUUAUUUCGAAGAGAGAAAUCCACAGAGUUAGGAAAAAAAAUCGUUUCGUGUGGAAACGCGAUCGUCGAGACGCCUUCCGCUUCGAUCGUCCGCGCUGUCACGUGCUUUAAUAUGCCCUCGCACGUUGACGUCCCGAAGAUAAUCAGAAUCGGGAACGGCUACUCGUCUCUCGUGUAAUAUUUAUAGUAAUAAUCGCCCGCGAUCGUGUCGCGGGAUUUUGUCGUCGUUUUCGCUGUUUUUUCUACCUCUUCUCUAGAAAUCGGGACGUCGCGUCUCGCGAGUUUCGCGAACUGAAUUCAGCGUCGACGAACAGCGCGGGGGACCGCGAGCACAAUCAUAUCGGAUAUACCGGAAGGUGAAAGAGUGUAGAUGAGACAUUCGAGACAGAAAGCAUUCUCCGGAAGCCGAACGGCGGCACUGUCAGAAUUACGAUCUGAAACAUAAUAAAAGUAAUAAAAGAAUAUUAUAUAAUAAAAAUGAAAUAAGAUAUAUAUAUAUAUAUCUCUCUCUUCUCACUAUGAUAUAAAAUAUACAGUGAAUAAUAAUUCUAUCUCUCUUUGCUACCAAGUUGUACUUAUUCUUAAUUAAUUUACUUGUACAAAAAAAUGUGUUAAAUAAUAAUGAAAUAUAUAAUAUAAUAUACACACAAUUAUAAAUAUAAAUAUACAUAAAUAUACAUAUAUAUAUAAAAAAAAGAACACUACGAUAUGUACAGGAUAUCCUGAAGCUAUUGCCGUUGCUUUCAUCCGUGGAUUUCCUCAACAAUUUUAUUCUUGGUAAAAAUUUCCAUAAAUAUAUUAUCGAUAUUUCGGAAUUUAAUUUUCAAAACUGGGUGGAACAAUGUAGAAUGUUUUCAAACUUUUUUAACUUUAUUUUACUUGUAAUUCGAAAGUUGUCAAUAUUUUUCACAAUAUUUUUGUUGAAAAAUGACUUGAUUUUAAAUCGAUUACAGAAUUCCCGGCUGAAAGAAACCUCAAUAAUUCCGGGAUAUCCUGUACACUCUCACGUGUAUACAUAUACAUUAUAGUGUUGAUUAUCCGAUAUUACAACAAUCAUUAUGAUUACGAUGAUUAUAUAUAUUACUCAUUUAAUUAUGAUCUUAUUAUUGCCAUUAUCAUUACCGUCGCUGUUGCAAUCAUCGCUACUACCGUUAUCACUUGUACUAUCGCUAUCACGAAGCGCAUACGUUUGGCGCUAGCAAUUUUCCAAAUGUACCGGAAAGUGACGUCAUUCAUUGUGUACGUAAGAGAAGAUACAAUUAGAAAAAAUUCAUUAUUUACUCAAGAAAAGAAAGAUCCCAAUGGCAAUUACAUUCUCUUGAAUUUUACAUCUGAAUAAUGUAUUCUAUCUCGACUUUCUCGUACUUUCUUUUAUGUACACGAUAAACAACGUUGCUGUUUAGUAUUCCUAAUAAAACGACACGCGGGUCAAAUUAAUAUAUGCGCGUAUGAUAUAUACGUCGAUACUCAUAAUUACGAUCGUCACUUGCGCUACAAUACGACGAGGGUGACACGAUAAUGAUGAUCCAGAAUCCGCGAUUCAAGUCGCUCCCGUCUGUCUUUGGUUGUAAAAGUGAUCUGUUCUGUGAACGCGCUAAUAUAAGAACGGAGAAAUUAACUGCGCGAGGAAUUAAUUAAAAGACUUCCCCUUUCGCAUGCACGAACCACCCUCAUGGACCAUACAUUUUCCGAAUAACAGACUUGUGCCUUGUUUAGACGUCUCAAACCGUUUACGCAAAUCAACUCGCGCUUCGAUUCACCUUACACUUGAAUAAUCGCACUUCUCCAACAUUGUUCUCUUUCUUUGCAACGUAUUUUGUAAAUUCAAUUUCCUCUCACGCCCCCGUCAUUCUUUCUUUCGGAGAAAAGAUCUUCCUCUCGGUGACAUUUCGUAGCAUGAUGAAGUAAUAGAUUUCUCACAUAUUUUUCCCCCGCUUAGCGUAGCGUAAAUUCACAGAGUUAUCACAAUCGAAUAAAUUUUUUUGUAUAGAGAGCUGCGGCAUUAUACCUCGGUUCGAUAAUUUAUCCCGCAUAGAACGACCUGACAGCAUGCGAUCACUCCAUCAACGCGUACGGACGUCUGCUCAUUCAUUUGGAUACAGCGUCGUGCCGACAGAAAUAUGCGUGUCGUAUCCUUUGUAGAUCUUAAUAUCAUAUAUAUACGUGAGUUUUCGGGUCGCCCUACAUGUACGCGUUAUGACGCGAGCAAGCAAAGUGUAUCGUACCAUGCGACUGAGUUAAAGCACUGUGUGUGGUUUUUCGUGGCUACGUUGCGUUCUACACGCGAACUCGACAGCACACUUUCAUUACGUGUAUAUUUAUUGGCUUUCGCGUGGAAUCGAUUGAUAAAGAGAAACCUUGUCAAAUUCAAGCUCAGUUUGAUUUUUCGUUGUUACAAAAAUUUUUCAAAUAUCGAUGUUUCGCAAUUAUAGUCGCGAUAAUUAAGAAUUUGCGGUUAGUAGAAUUGCGGUAGGUUUCUCCAGUUAAGACGCGAAGCGAGACGAUUUUGCUGGGAAACUUGCAUUUUUGUGUCACCCUAAUGCAUUAUGCGCGCCUUCACGUUAUCAUUGUUGUUGUUGCUGUCGCUGAGACUACGAGUUCCUUUGCGCACUCUCCAGGAUCGUUUCCUUCUCUCGUCAGUGAUAUUCUAUGAAAAAGAAAAAAAAAGAAAGAAUUUUCGGAGACUCCUCUUGAGUCGCAUCGAACGUAACCAGUUCGGGUUCACCGAGAAACAAUUUUAUGUACCUGUUACGACUGAUUAUUAUCAUGUACUAUCGCUAAGGGGCGGUGAGAAGAUACGUGUAUAUGUAUGUACAUACACAUGCCCGUGUGCGUAUGUAUAUAUAUCUAUAUGGUAUGUUAUCGUACUGUUACGAUUGUUUUGUAACUAUCGUUAAAUGUCAUUGGCUGCUUGUUACUGACGGCUUGCGAUCGGCUAGCUACAUCGUUGAACCAUAUGUACAUAUCGAGUUUUAAGCACCGGAACCAUACUGGUUAUAAUGUGUUUUGAGAUGGGCAUGUGGAGAGCGUGUGUGUACGGAGGUGCUCGCUGCACCACAGCAAGUUAGCGAUUUUUUUUUCUCAUUCUUUGGAACUUCUCGCCGCUUAAAUUAGACGCGCGUGUGAAAGAACGAAGCUUUAAUUCGCACGGAUCCCUCUUGUGCAUUUCGAUUCUUGCAAACUAUCAAGCUUCUAGCAAUAGGCGUGAUUAACCGCUCAUUUAGUUGUUCGCUAACCGACGUUGGUACAACCGGCUCGUAUCGUACGCGCGCAUCGUGGACCCAACUGUUUAAGGCGUGCAACGUUUGCCUGCAUAUCACUCACACGAUUGUUUUUUGCAAAUGAUGCGCGAAAGAUAGAGAUAUCUCAACGCUCUCUUUAACGAAACGACUGAGAAAUAAACGUGUCCCAAGAAAGAGUCGGUCUUGUAGGCUACACUAACGUGUAUCGUCGUUAACGUAAAGCUAUUAAGAGAUUCUCGCGUUUCUUCAUUAUCCCCGCAUUCGGCUACGCCACAUUCGAUUGCGCGUCUCAUCGGUCGAGGAGUUCGAGCGUACAGGAUACCUCUCUAUAUAGUGUGUUUGAACUAUUUAUUUCAUCUCUCUCUCUCCGAUUUUUUUUCGCGGCAAAGGUCUGCAAGCGCGGCGUGGUCACAUUUCCCUAUUUAAUAACUGUACCUGUAUAGUGUGUCGUUUAAUUAGAUCUAUUUUCUACGCUCUGCCAGCAUCGUGUCUGGCGUUUUACAUAAUAAACAAUUCCCGAAUUGCGCGCGUCAUGCGGAGUGUGCCGCCCGGAAUAUGGGCUGCAAGAACACACAUUGAGGAUUGCGUUCCUUUCAUGUGAACGUCGCCCGAUGGAUGGAGGACGAAUUUGGUUGAAAAUCGAACGGGAAAAUAUAGUGCAUCGGAAAUACGAGUGGCUCAUCCAAUUGGAGAUACGGCGUGUCGGACGGUCGAUUGUAUUUCGCCAUCCUCGCGUGACGAAGGGCCAUAAGACUUAAGAAAGUAAUUAGAUUUAUUGCUGAUAAGUAGAAGAUCGACAAAUUAUAAUUAAUUGGCAUUCAAACGGCCGAGCUUUCAAGCGAAAGUAUCUUCGAGAGAAACACUUUGACUGGAAAAGCUAUUAGAGCUUCUCGAUCGCUCUGCUAUUCAUAAUUUGCCGAGUGUACCUUCCUGUGUUGUAGAAAAAUCUUUCGCGAAGUUCUUGCGAUAAAUAAGCUGGUCGAGAGUCUUCGAGACAACAGGGUUGAUCGAAGCCCAUCGCGUCCAACUAAUUUCAAUACUGUCCUUUGCAUUUCGUUGCAAAGUGUGACGCGCAGAUUUAGAAAUUAGAAUUGUAGAAAUUUAGAAAUCGCAAACCUGGUUUCCUAAACGUGCGUGCUCUUCUUGGGUGCUACGUGUAGGAAAAAAAAUACUCUUAGUUUCCUCGCAUGCGUUCUUUUGUCUCUACACUCCGCUCACUGUGUCGUGAAACGAGAGAAAAGGAGAAAACUCGGAGAAUCCUUGGAGCACAUCCAUCGGGCGAGUCGGCGCCGUGCGAGAGCCCUAAUUGAACUUAUUAAUAUUACUCGCGGCAUUCGAAGAAUAGUAUUCAACGAUAAAAAAAUGAACUGUACAUAUACAUGCGUUUACUAUUAUCUACUUACUAUUACGAGACUUACUCCUAAGAUCUUUGGCUAAAAAACACACGACUUUAUAGAAGUGAGACUCUUGAUCGCGAAGGAGAACGACAAAAAAAAAGAAGCGAAAAUUGCAUCGCA